GCACACUGUUUCAACUGUGAAUAUGCCCAGCGUCGCUUAUUUGGAUACUCUGUUAACCCUCUCAAAUCAUUUGAGGCUGGCUUCCCACCUAUUGCGUGGUAUCCCUUCAAUUGCGUCUUGCCUUGCUUACCACCACCGGUGCCACAUUUUCAAUAUUCGCGAACAGGUGGAUAUGCAAUAUAACUUAUGAUGAAAUAAAUGUUGUCAUAUGUCACUCUCAUCAACAGUGUGCUGAUGUGGCAAUGUCUAUAAACAUUAGGUUAUUUUUUAUUUUUUUAAAUAAGAAAUUCAAUGGUUGAUAUGCAAUAUCAUAUUAUCUUUAUUUAAAUCAUAUAACAUUUUCCUUAAAAGACGUGAGUCCUAGAGUUGAGAAACUUUGAAGAGUUUUCUCGAGUGAAUGGCGGGCUAACCUCCAGAGCAAAUUUAUCAAAAUUGGUAUCCUUGGUUGGCUGGCGGGCCAAUUGCAAAUUAUGUCCCAGGGGAGAGCCCAAAUUCCAGUUGUAUUUCGACUCUCGUGUACUAGGCAAGACAACUAAAAUGACUGAUGAAUAGACGCAGCUCCCUGGCCUGGAACGAAAAGAACAGAGGGAAUAAACCAUGGCAAGGUAGGCAGCAUACACAGCAGUGCUUCUGUGCGCGAUGCUGUUUGUAACUGUUCAUGUCGAUGCAACGCUAACCUGCGAGGAGGUGACAGAGUUGCUGACUCCAUGCAUCAGCUAUGCGAUUUUGGGAGGGACAGUGCCGGAGGCCUGUUGCGAGGGCAUCAAGGCAGUCGAUGCCGUUUCUAACACCGUUGCAGAAGACAGGGCCACAUGCAGUUGCAUCAUGGAUGGUCUUUCACAUAUCCUAUUAAUCAACAACGACUUAGUUGCCACACUGCCCGAGGCAUGUGGCACUACUUGUCCCUACAAAAUCACACCAACUACUGACUGUUCCAUGGUGGACUAAGUCUACCGUGUGCAGUUAGCUUAGUGCACUUUCUUGCAAAAUAAGGACGAAAAUAAAGCUCCAAGGAUGCUAGCAUCCGUGUGUUUUGAGUGCAAUGCUUUUGUUGUGUGACUGUGUCCAUUAUAAGGGAUAUCAAGUCAUGUUGUAUAUGAAUGCAGAACAUGGUUUAAUCUAUUGAACUUCUAUAUACAAGCAAUUGAGACAA